UCGAAACGGGAACAGUUGUUUGUGCUGUGUUUUUUAUUUUUCGUCAAGCAUAUCUAAAACAUAUCAUUCCCCUUCAUAUCCCCUUCAGUAAUGGCCAGUAAUGCGUGCAGCCGUAAGCCAAGCAUCAAGCCCCUGAAGUUGGAUAUGCGCACUAUUCGGCAGCCGACCAUGGUCAGCGUCAAUGCCAAGGAGGCCAGCAAGGAUAAGGACAAAGAUAAGGAAAGAAAAUUAAAAUCGAUGAAGCUGAAGUCAAGCCCCAAUCUAAAACAGUACAGCAAACGUCCCGAAGUUGCUGAACCGGUGCGUGUAACACCAACACCACCAUCACCAUCAGUUGCAAUGCAACCAAUAGCUAAGGCUUCAUCUAUUGAACAAUACGGGGUUCUAUCCAAGCACUUGGAGAUGGCACAACAUAUCAGGCAAACACGCAAGCAUAGGCUCGAUGGGGCUGUGUCCAAGAUGAGGACUGACGAAUUACUUACCACCAGCAAACAUUUAAAAGAGACCAAAUCACCGCACAAAGCGGACAAUGCUGCACCGCAUCCGACUCGAAACAAAAAUCAAAGUCAUAAUUCGAAAGUCUUUUUCGAUAAGUAUCUGAAAUUUGCCUACGAUCUGAGCAAGCCGGAUGGUGUGCGCCAGCUGGAGGCGCAUUUCUUUCCUGCGGAACACUAUCAAAUCAAAAAGAAUGCGAAUAAGAACGAUUCGGGAGAUUCAUCAGAAUGGCAACAUUCACCCGAUGAGAGAUCAACAGGCAAAUGAUGUAGCAAUCCAAAUUAUAUGAGAGUGUGUACGACCAAAAAAAAUAAGACAUUCCAAAAGGUUCAUUCAAUCAUAUUUUUCUCAAAAUUGUAUUGUUUUUAGUUUCUAAAAAUGUAAUUCAAAUAAUUGUAAAUUAAAUACCGUGGUAUGGAAGUCAUCAGAA